AUGACACAUUUACUCCCGCCGAUGCUGUUGAACCUCUUCGCCCCGCGGCCGCCGCUGCGAUGGGUUGAACCUACUGACCACGCGCCAGAGAAGCGUUGCACCCCCAAGAUUGGCGGCAUUGCGCAAUACAUGGACGCCCUACGCGAAUACAAGGACAAUGAUGGCUACGUGCCCACCGACAGCUGGCUGCAGAAACGCGACCGCAAGAAGCUCGAAAAGAAGGAGAAACAGGAGAAGCUUAUUACCGAAGGUGUCAAGAAUUACAAACCCUCCGAAGAUCCAAAGGUACAGGGCGACGCCUUCAAAACACUCUUCGUGUCUCGUCUAUCCUACGGCAUCACCUCUGACGACCUCGAGCGCGAGUUUGGUCGCUACGGUCCCAUUGAGCGUAUCCGCAUCGUCGAAGACAUCACGCAGCCAGAAGACGCGCCACCCAAGAAGCGCAAGCGCGGUUAUGCCUUUAUUGUGUUCGAGCGUGAGAAGGAUAUGAAGGCUGCCUACAAAGAGACAGAUGGCAUCAAGAUCAAAGACCGACGUGUUCUAGUCGACGUUGAGCGCGGUCGCACAGUUUCUGGGUGGCGUCCACGUCGCUUUGGUGGUGGCCUUGGCGGUCGAGGUUACACAAAGGGGCCAUCUGCCCGCGGACCUGGUGGCGCAGGAGGUUUUGGAGGUGCCCCCGCCGGUCCUGGUGGAUUCGGAGGCCGCGGUGGUGGCUUCAACAGUGGUUUCGGUGGACGAGGUGGAGGUCGUGGAGGCUUUGGCGGUGAUCGAGGAGGUUUCCGAGGUGGAAGUGGAGGCUUUGGUGGCGGUGGCCGAGGCGGCGGCGGCGGGGGUUACGGCGGUGGACGAGGAGGUAUCGGGUACCAAUCGAACGGAUAUGGGCCUCCCGAUGGUGCUCCCGCUGGUCCUCGUGGUCCCCGAAGCGGCGGUUUCGGUGGCGACCGAGGAAGUGGUGGUUACGGAGGCGAUCGUGGUGGUGGACGGCACGACGAUAGACGUGGCGGGGGUAACGACCGAGGAUCCAGCGGUGCUAACAACGAACCGCUCGGCAGCAGGGAUCGAUACCGUGACAGUGGGUAUGGUGGAAGCCGAGACGAUGGCUCGCGGAAGCGCGCGUACGAUGGUGACAGCUACGACGACCCGCGAACACGACGAAGGUACUAA